AAAACGCUGUCAGUAUAUGUUCCGAAUAAUUUUCUAACCUAAAAAUAAAAAAAGUAAAUAAGAACGACCAUGUGGUGAACUUAAAAAAAACUCACUGUUUAUGACAAUCAAAUAAUUAUUUUUUUUAAUGCGUUAUUUACUUAAUAAAUUAAUUUUCUCAGUAAACACAAAAAUAUCUCGUAGUUUAAAGACAUCUCCAACAAUGGCGAAGAGUAAAUUCGAGUAUGUGAGAGAAUUCGAACGAGAAAAUAUUUGUUUGCCAAAUUGCUGGAUCGUCGUAAGAGUAGACGGCAAAAAUUUCUCAAAGUUUUCCGAUGAACACAAUUUUUCAAAACCAAAUGACAUCCGAGCACUGGAGCUGAUGAAUCAGUCAGCGGCUGCUGUCAUGAAUGAAUUUCCUGAUGUUGUUCUGGCAUAUGGGCAAAGUGACGAGUAUUCGUUCGUUUUUAGAAAAGAAACCGAAGCUUACAAUCGUCGAGAAUUAAAAUUAGCGACGUACGUAAGUACUCUUUUCUCGUCGGCGUACACGUUCCAUUGGUCAAAAUUUUGUUUAAACCCUUUGAAAUAUCCGCCGUCUUUUGAUGCCCGAGUCGUUCUCUAUCCGUCAGACAAAAAUUUACGGGAUUAUUUGUCAUGGCGACAAGCUGAUGUUCAUAUUAACAAUUUAUACAAUACGUGUUUCUGGAAUCUAGUGCAAAAAAAAAAUAUGACUCCCGCGCAGGCACAAGAAGCUCUCAAAGGAACAGUCAGCAGUGACAAGAAUGAAUUGCUCUUUCAUAGCUUCAACAUAAAUUAUAAUAACGAGCCCGAAAUAUUCCGCAAAGGUUCCACGCUAAUCAAAAAACUAUUACCUGAUGAUACUGGCGAACUUAAACCAACGGUAAUAACUUUAAAUUCUGACAUAAUAGGAGAUAAAUUUUGGGAAGAGAAUCCCCAAAUCUUAGAUCCUAAAGCUCAUAAAAAUAAAACCAACGGUGCUAAAAAAAAAUCCAGUUUAAAGUGAAAAUUCCGUAAACUAAAAUAAAAUUUUUGAUAAUUAAAUUUGUUAAGUAAUUAAUUAAGCAAAAUAAAGUAAUGGAUUUUUUUAUUAUAUAUCAAUGUCUAUCUUUCUUACAGUUAAUAUACAUAUACUUUAGGGUGCUUCAUUUUGGAGCCAGAUUUUUUUUUUUUCGAGUGCAUGUGUACCGUCAGACCUGAAAAACCGUUUCAA